AUGUGCGGGGGCUCAGUGAGGCCGUGCCACUACGCGGUGCUGGGCGUGGCGACGUGCGCGUCCGCCGCCAACAUCGACGCCGCCUACCACAAGAAGGUCGAGGAGUGGCGGCUGGAGGGGGAUUCUUCUACGACGCAGGAAUCCAGGGCAAGUUUUCGCCGGAUAAAGGAGGCAUUCGAAGUGCUCUCGGACGCCUCUAGGAGGGCGUCGUACGACGCGGGCGUCUCCCCGGCUGGGUUUCAACUGGCCAAAGUUUUGCCGUCGAUGAACAAGCUCCUCGCAGAUAUUGGGGAGUUGCGGAAAGGGAUUAGCAACUUUACGGACAGAAUGAAGCAGGACCCCAAGCUCUCCAUGGAACAGAUGCUGGCCAUGCUCAAGGAGAUUAACAAGCGCAACGACGACCAGCCUCCGGCGCCAGCAGGGAGAGGGAGGCCGCCGAAGCGCAACGGCUCGCCGUCGCCUCGCCCAGGCGCACCCGUCCGCAAGAAGCUAGCUGCCCGGAAAGCCCGUGCGAAGAAGAGUUCGGGCGCCUCGUCCCCUACCCUGAGCCCCCCUGCCCGUGGCACCAAGCGCCCACCGUCACCAGGGUUCUACAGCCCAUGCGCAUGCGUCCUCAAAAAGCUUCAUGCGGAAAAGUGA